CUGCCAGUUAUGCAACCGAUCGUCGAGUGUGGCCUCUGUUGGAAGCAUAUUGUGCAACCAUGCUGCCUUAUCCUGGGAAAGACCACGAGGCACUCCAGUGGCCUGAAAUGCUCAGAGACCGGGACGCGGAUCCCUGGACGAAGGGGAUUCUCGACCUCGUUCGGAACGACGAUGUCGUUCCGACAGAAUUGCACUACCCUGCUGCCAAUUUGGCCAGAGUCAAACGCCGAAUGCGAGCAGAUCUAGAUAUUCCGCCCGUCUCUCACCAGAUUCCCCACCUCCGCCGGACCCCCACCGACUGUAGGACCUCCCAACUUCACAGGCACAACAAGACCGUGGCCGCGAGAGCGUGGCCUGGGUCACUUGUGGAGCUGCUGUACCUGCAAGGUGAGUCGGUGCACACUCCUCUCGUCCAACUUUCGCCUCGUUCCUAUAUUCGGCACAUCUCUCUCACCUUCUAAUCUGUCCUCAGUGCAGAAUCUUCCGAUCCUGUCCUUGUUUAGAAGCAAACGAGCUUGAGCGAUCUGUCGAGCAAUCGGACGUCGACCUCCGAGGCCCCAGAGUAAUGUCCAGCUUGCCAAGGUCCCGUCCACGCACGAGGCUUGGUGGACCAUGUACAUGGCCUUUAUUUGGCACAGCAGAUGAGGCCUCCUCGACUAUGCUGCCAUCGUACAACGCGAGCUCGAGCUUGCAGUAGUACUG